AUCAGUCAGGUGCCAAGUCACAAGUGCAGAGAAACUUCCUCUUUCUUGGGCGGGGGUGGGGCCUGGGCGAAUCUCCAGGCCCCUGACCCGCGGGCUGCGGCGCUGAGUCACAGCCGGGUCCCUAGCCCCCCUGGAGUCUCCGCCCUCCGGGGCCCCGGCCGGGCGCCCCCAAACCCAGGCCGAGCAGGCACCGCGCCCCACCCGGCCCCGCAGCCCCACGGAUCCCGCACCCCGGCACCUGAGGAUGUUGUCCGCGUAGCUCACAUCAAGCACCUGAAACAUCACCUCGGAUAUUGUUUCUUACACCUUUAAGCUAUUUAAACAACACUACUUCCUGGGCGUUGGUGGUCUGUUAUUGGAGUGUGUUUCUGAUCAUCUGAAUCUCAACCAUGUUUUCAAACUGCUUGCAGAAUGUGCUAAAAAUUACAAACCCUCAUCUUCUAUAUUCAGGAUUAUGCCACCGAUUAAUAAGAAAUAAAAGGAGGUUUUUCGGAUUGGUGCCAGCAUCCAGAUUGCACAGGCGGGUUGUCAUUACAGGCAUUGGCUUAGUGACCCCUCUUGGUGUUGGAAUUCAACUGGUAUGGGAUCGUCUGAUCCGAGGAGAGAGUGGAAUUGUUUCACUGGUUGGCGAAGAAUAUAAGAGUAUCCCUUGCAGUGUUGCUGCUUAUGUGCCAAGAGGUUGUGAUGAAGGUCAGUUCAAUGAACAAAACUUUGUGUCCAAAUCAGAUAUCAAGACCAUGUCUUCGCCUACCAUUAUGGCCAUUGGGGCUGCAGAGUUAGCUAUGAAAGAUUCUGGCUGGAAUCCUCAGUCAGAAGCUGACCAAGUGAGUACUGGUGUUGCAAUUGGCAUGGGAAUGAUUCCUCUGGAAGUUGUUUCUGAAACUGCUUUGAUGUUUCAGACAAAAGGUUACAAUAAAGUCAGCCCAUUCUUCGUUCCCAAGAUUCUGGUCAAUAUGGCAGCAGGCCAGGUCAGCAUUCGAUAUAAACUCAGGGGCCCCAAUCAUGCAGUAUCUACAGCCUGUACCACAGGAGCUCAUGCUGUGGGAGACUCUUUUAGAUUUAUUGCCCAUGGCGAUGCUGACGUGAUGGUGGCUGGAGGUACAGAUUCUUGCAUUAGCCCUUUAUCUCUCGCUGGGUUUUCCAGAGCCCGUGCUCUGAGCACAAACUCUGAUCCUAAGGUGGCAUGUCGACCAUUUCACCCAAAGAGAGAUGGUUUUGUAAUGGGAGAAGGUGCAGCUGUUCUGGUGCUGGAAGAGCACGAACAUGCUAUUCAACGAGGAGCGCGGAUCUACGCAGAAGUUUUGGGCUAUGGACUGUCAGGUGAUGCUGGUCACAUAACCGCCCCUGACCCUGAAGGAGAAGGUGCCUUAAGAUGUAUGGCAGCUGCUAUAAAGGAUGCAAAUAUACAGCCCGAAGAGAUAUCGUAUGUCAACGCGCAUGCUACCUCCACACCGUUAGGAGAUGCUGCUGAAAACAAAGCCAUCAAACACAUUUUCAAAGACCAUGCCCAUGCCCUUGCCAUUUCCUCAACCAAGGGAGCCACAGGACAUCUGCUGGGAGCGGCAGGGGCAGUUGAGGCAGCGUUUACUGCCCUGGCUUGUUAUUAUGGAAAACUGCCACCUACUUUAAACCUGGACUGUACAGAUGCGGGAUUUGAUCUCAAUUACAUUCCACUAAAGGCACAGGAAUGGAAAACUGAGAAAAGACGUAUUGGACUCAGCAAUUCCUUUGGUUUUGGUGGUACUAAUGCAACACUGUGUAUUGCUGGCAUGUAAGACAAAUCAUUUGUAAUUAAGCAAUGAUUUUUAAUGUUAUAUACAAACUAUAUGAAGUGGAGAAAUACUAUGUUUAUGUAAAUGCAUAUACUUACAAUGUCAUCACCCAGAUACCCUUUAUCUGUGUCAGGGUUUCUCAGUCUUGGCACUGCUGAUAUAAUUCUUUGCUGGGGAAAUGAGGGUUGUCCUCUACAUUGUAGGAUACUCUCUAUGCACUGGAUUGCAAUAGCAACCCCUUCCUCGGUUGUGACAACCCAAAAUGUCUCUGGACAUUGCCAGACGUUUUCUGGGGUACAAAACAACCUCCAUGUGAAAAGCACUGAUCUGUGUUCUUCUGACAUUCUAGAUCAAACACUCUUUAAGACAUUUCACCUGCUCUCGUCUCUUAAACAUUUGCUGAGUAGCCUCUUUGUGCAUGGUACAACUCCAGGCAUACCAUUCCAUACAAUACCUAGGAGAAGAAUACAACUAUAACGAAGUUUGUAUCAUUGAUCCACAUUCUUCGAGUAAAGCAGUCAGCCAGCAAUGAUCUGCCGUAUUUUAUGAAUCAUAAGACACACCUAGGUUUUAGAGGAAGGAAACAGGAAAAAAAAUUUGAAGCAAAAAAUGUGGUAAAAUAUUUAAUAACAAUAUUUCACCAGUGUAAAUGUGAACAGAACUCAACAGCAGCAUUAACAACCAUUAUUCCUCCCAAACUGGGGGGAGGGGAUAGUGCAUCUUAUAGUCCGAAAAAUGUGUUAUUUACCCCUUAGUUAUCCAGCUCUCUUCAUAUUAUCUAUGCUAAGAUUGAGUAUAUUAGUGAAAUUUUCCUAAAUUCCCAAACCAUCAGUUCUCUGAAAGAAGGAAGUAAAAUUAGUUUGGCAUUUCUUAGUCUUUCUGUACUGAUGGCAGUACCUAGUGAUUAACAGAGAUAAGGGUCGUUAGGAAGUGAAUUAGAACUUGGUGAUCCAAGCCACAUCACCUUGACCCACCUCUAACCUUACUGCAGCUAUGAUAAUUCUUGUGUUUGCCUCCAACAUUUCACCAUGAGUGCGGUAGUACUUCUCCUUCUCCACCUUUAGGCUUUUUCUAAAGCCAGUGCAUCCCAUUGAUCUCCAUUGAAUGGAAGUGUUGGGAUGGGAAAGGGUACAAGUUCCCUAGAGGCAACUUCUGAGGGAUGGGAGUUGGUGAAUAUGUGUCUCAGCCUCAUUCUGAGGGGUAUCUAAGAUUCUAUGCAAUUUCUCAAAGGGUUUUCAGUGAAAUAAAACUUUAGUAUUCACAGUAUUAACCAGCUCAACAAUACCCACCUUAAACUGGCUUUAUUUCCUUCCCUGUCCCCACUCCUUGAUUUUAAAUUGUGCUUCCAGGAUUCACAUUUCAGUCCAGUCACCUUGUCUUAGGGUCUGCUCUCUGGAGAACUCAGACUAAGGGACUUCGUGGUGCAAUAGGUGUUUAUAUAUCAAAGGGAUAGAGUGAAUAAGUGGUUAAAUGGAAUGUGUAUUCCUGCAGAAGUGAAUAGAGUGUCCCACGUUUUAAGAGGCUGAAUAUAUUGCCUGUCCACUGACCUUGACCACAACACUUAGUCCUUUUACAUCUAGGACUUCAGCCAUGUUCAUUCAACAAUCAGGUUUAAUUCUCAUUUGGCACAUGUUGAUUUGUUCAACUGAAAUUUGUUGGGUACUAACCCUGAAUCUGGUUUUGUCCUGGUCUCCAACGAUAAUGUGAUCUGUCAGGGGAAGUUUCCUAAAAGAAGCUGAGGCCACAAGGGUGAAUAGGUCUCAGCCAGGUUAAAGGGGAAGAGAGUCAAGGAAGGGAGAGAUAUUCUGGCCAGGAGAAAUGUAGUGUGGAAAAGUUAGAAAACUUAGAACAUUUAUAUUAAAUAUAAAUGCAUAUAGCCUGACAUGGCGGCAGUAGGAGACAGAGCCAGAAAAUCUGGUGGAAGUCAGGUCACAAAGAACCUUACAUGUUUUCUUAAGGCUGUAAGAGCAAUGGGAAGGUUUGUAGUGUUAUGAUGGUUUUGUACUGUGCCAUCUUGAACAGGCUGAACUACAUUUCCCAGAAUUCUUUUCACUUUAUUUAUUUAUUUAUUUUUGGUUAGGACUGAUUGUAAGAGAGUCCUGUGAGAGAUUUUGAAAGUGGAAGUGACGCUCCAGCCAUUUUGUAGUUCACAGGGGUUGUGGCUUCGCUGGCACACCUUGAAGUGGGGCAGUGGCUGAGCCUGCAGCUGCUUCACCUUCCCCGACCCUCAGUUUCCGUGACUCCUGGGCCACGUGUGUGUUUAGCUCCAUGAUAAUGAAGGGCCCUAGCUUCUCCCCCAGUACUGCCAAGAUCCGAAGCAGCAAGAACUGACAGCUUUCAGUUUGUCAGUGGAACAUUGCAUCCGUCUUCCCAGCUGCGUGCCCUGUGGGUUCAAACUAACUGCAGCAUCAGAAAAUCAUGGGUUUAAGUAAUUGCCCAAUUCACUAAAUGUUCACCUACUAGGCAAAUGCAAUCUUUUGAAACUCCUGGGUAUGCUGAGUAUUUUGUUGAUUUUCCUCUAUAGUUUCAAAUUCAGUUAAUUAAGAAUACUGAAGAUAUUAGUGAAAAAAAAAGAAGAAAAUAAUAGGUUGAUAUAACAGCCCUGCAGUGACUGUUCAACAAAUUCUUAUUGUGUGAGGUCAAAUUCCUAUAAUAACUAUCUCUUUAUAUUUAUAUCAACCUUAGUGGUUCUGUUUCUUUAAUUAAACCCUGACUGACUGAUA